CUUUCUCGGGGGAAGUGGUAGUGGUCGUGAUAAGAUGUUAUCGAGGUCGAGCUGUCGGAUAAAUAAUGAAUGUCUUCAAGAUCUUCACUCUUGCUACUUCGCUGUUUGAGAUGUCGCUAUUGAGAACUGGAUCCUCGGUCUGAUCGAAUUCCACUGGAGUUUCCAGUUCUCCAUCCUCGAUUCACUGGCUCGUCUAAUGAGCGACGGAAAAUCGUUAUCCCGCAAGUUCCGAGGUGUGGAUGCUGCGAUAACCUCGCGGGGUUAGCAAACAAUGAAGUCCAAACCAAGACAGAUUACCUGCAUCACUGUCGCAACCACUCUCAAAGGCCUCACGGUUCUAUCCGAUUAAUCAUUCAGCACUAUGGGAACGUCAGGGAUGGAGAACGGCAGCCGUGCUCAAACAAAUGGAGUUCUCGCCGUUACAGCUUCCCAGACAUCUGGUACUUCUUCUCGAUCAGCUGGAGUCAAAUCGUCAAACCCGAAACUAAAAGUUAUCAUUCGAAGACUGGCUCCUAGCCUUACGGAAACAGAAUUCACAACGAUUCUCGGGGAACAAUGGAGACCUGGCAAGGGUCAGAUUGAUUGGUUUCUCUAUAAGCCUGGCAAAGAUUCCAAAGAUCCAUCUAAACCUUCUAGACCCUCGAGGGCGUAUAUGCACCUGACCAACGAAGGAUAUCUCCACGCCCUAUAUGAAACUGUUCAAGAAGCAGUCUUCGAAGAUGCCCACACGACGUUCACCAGUCCCUGCCUGAUUGGCCCUCCCAGUGUCGAGUUUGCUCCUUAUGGCCGAACACCUGGAGGUCGAAGGCGUAUUGAUGCCCGAGCAGGUACCAUUGACCAAGAUCCAGAGUUCAUGGCCUUCCUCGAAGGACUAGCUAAUCCUACCUCAACGAAGGAAGUCAGCGCAGACGCAUUGACGGACAACACCUCAGGCAAGCAAGAUAAAGUCACGACAACUCCACUUGUACAGUUUCUGAAGGACAAGAAGGCGAACAAGAACAAGGAUGCAGCAGUGAAGCUCGCCAAGAAACAAGAAACUCAACUCAAGAACAAGUCUUCCAAGGAUUCUCCGUCGUCAUCAGUAGAAGACGGUAAAAAGAAAAGCAAAGAUGUCAAGGUGGACAAAUCUCUGGAGAAGGCAGCGAAGGAGGCAGUGAGAAUCCUCAACAGAGAAGCUGCUGCGAAGUCGGGUGUCUCUGAGUUGACUCAAUCCUCGGAAGCCACCACUUCACAAGCAUCAACACCGCCAAAAUUAGAUGUCACCAAGGUCCCUGGCCGGCAAAGAUCGGCAGUCGUUGCAGCCCAUAUUCGUAUGUUACAGCGUGAUCUUGGAUUGACUCCCGCUCAGGCCCAUCGACAAGUGAGGCGUGAUACUGCAGAUGCUCAAAAGGCCGAGAGAGCUGCUGCUGCAGCCGAGAAAGCAGCAAGUGAGACGAAGGAAUCCUCAGCGUCGCAACCGCAAGCAAUGGCAAGUUCUUCGAGACCGCCAUCUACUCAGUCCAGAAAAGUUCGGGGCAAGGCAAUUGCAACUACCGAACCACAAUUGAACAAAUCCUCCACUACUUCGUCCGCAGCUCCUCCUGCCCCGGUCGUUCUUUUGAGGAAGCCUGAUACUCAACAAUCCUCUCAAGUAACGCUACCAUCUACGCAUCCACCCAAACCAACCCCAUCUGUACCAGCGUCGGUCGCCCGCAAGUCACAGACUGCUGUUGCUGUCCCGUCAUCAGGCGCCACACAAGCAUUUGUCAAGCAUGCCAAUCCUUCCCAGGGUGUAACUGAAGCACUCCUCAAGGAGGCUAUGGAGAAGUAUGGAGGUGUUUCCAUGGUAGAGAUUGAUAAGCGGAAGGGUUUUGCCUACGUUGAUUUCGUCGACACAGAUGGUCUUAAGAACGCAAUGGCAGCAAAUCCCAUCUCGGUAGCUCAAGGAACGGUCCAAGUCAUGCAGCGAAAGGGGACCGCCCUGCCGCCAGAGAAGAAGCCACCUCACCAAGCUCCACAAGCCCUUUCUAGAGGUGGUUCUCGAGGUGGCAGGGGCGGGACUAUCAGACGUGGUGGUAGAGGGGGUCUAGGUGGUCGAGGUGGAGGAAGUGCAGCCAAUACUUCGGAAACCAAAGCCCCAUCUGCUGCACCCACCGGACCGGCUGUUAAGUGAGCACGGGAGAAGACCUUGGAGAGUGUAUCAUAGCAUCGUCCAACAUAAUAUAAUGCCUCUCGGUCCUCGAACUAUCACAAUCUGUGAUAUAGAUUUUGCAACGCAUCGAAGGAGGAGAACGACGCUUUCUGACCAUCGUGGUUUAUAUGUGGCGAAAGCGUGAUCACCAGAUCACGAACUAUUGCAGAGGAAGGGCGUUUGAGGCAGAGGGGACGAUCUGUCGAGGAUUGUCGAGAACAGCAUGGGCAUAUCAGCUCCUUGUCGGAACUAUAGCAUGGUAGUCAAGUACUCGCAAGACGUUUGGCACAAAUAGACACUGAAAACAUGAAUUUCACGAGAAAUUGCAAUCAUACCAGUUCCACGAUCACGACGUUUCUCACUCCUCUGUAAAUUGAAAGACGUUGAGCAC